ACAGAAUCUUGGGGGGGGGUCCCCCGGAAAGCAAGACGGACGCGACUCCCGCCUCGCUAACCUUGCUAGUGAAGGAGAAAGGCAGUGUGCAUUGAAAAGCGCCAACGCUUUUCUACCCCAAGGACGAGAAGUGUAAGAAGGAAACGCCCCGACAUAUCCAUGAAUGAAACUCCCCGUUUUAUGGCAGUGCACGGCAUCCCUAGACAACACUUACUGCACAUUACCAAUAACACUGGCUAUGAACCUGUGAAGUCACAAAAUUCACGGGGUUAACACCUAGGAGGACGCUUUAUCCUUCCGGAGACAGAACGUUCUCGUGAAUGGUGCAAUCCGAUCGCCGAGGAACCCGAGUUUUUUUUUUUUUUUUUCUGCACCCGAGGCUCGGUUGCUGGGAAACAAGCAAGCACUUAGAGCCGGCUGAGCGAGGCAGAAGGCGUUCAGUCCCAAGAAUGACUUUGACCUUCUUAAGAUGGCGUUUCGACCUUAACCACAGACACCACGCUCACACGACUUCCGCUGUGGCCGCCACUUCCGGUUCAAAGACCCAACAGCUGUCCAAAGUUGUAACGGAAUUCACGUUAUGCUCAUGAGCCUUUUUCCCCCGACAUUGCCUCCUUUAGAAAUAUAAAGAUAUAUCCGCGGUGGUUAUUUUACGGGUUUCCCGCCUCUCCAGGCCCUCCGUGCCGCUUCUAGUGCUGACGAAGCGGCGUUCUGAUUAGGCGGACGCCGCGGACAGCCCGACGUUCGCCGGGCUUCGGCGGGCGAGGGAAGACCCGAGACUCGCAAGCUGCGCAAGAUGGCGACUGCGGCUGCAGCCUCUGCGUCCGAGCCGGAGGUUGAGCCCCAGGCGGGGCCUGAGGCCGAGGGAGGGGAGGAUGAGGCGAAGGCAGCCAGUGCGGACAGGAAUGUGCAGUCCCGCGCUGUGGCCUCCGACGCGGCCAAGACCAAAGGGCCAGGGUGGGACCUGCAGCGGGAAGGCGUGAGCGAGAGUGACGGGGAUGAGGAGGACGCCAUGGCUUCCUCCGCUGAGAGCUCCCCCGGGGAGGACGAGUGGGAGUACGACGAGGAGGAGGAGAAAAACCAGCUGGAAAUCGAGCGGCUGGAGGAGCAGCUGUCCAUCAACGGCUAUGACUACAACUGCCAUGUGGAGCUGAUCAGGCUGCUGCGGCUGGAAGGGGAGCUCAACAAAGUGAGGAUGGCCCGACAGAAGAUGAGCGAGCUCUUCCCCUUGACUGAAGGUAACGCUGCCCCGGGGGUGGGGGUGAGGGGCUGCUUUUGGUUCAGAGAGCUGAGGUGAAGGAGAUAAAGGAAG